UUUCGCCUGCGCAGGAUUGCCAUGUUGAGCAGCAAACUGCCGAACCCGAAGGUGGUGGUGGAAUGGUGUCCGCACGACAGCGGUCUGUUUGCAGUCGGGUCGGAUGCGCUCACACUAUUUGAAUGUCAAGUGGAUCGAGACGUGUCUUCACCCGUGCAUGCCUCUGGUUUGUCCGUGCGCCCGUCGCUCGAGCCGUUGUCUCCCCGCAAGACAACCCAGCGCCGCAGUAAGGAUUUCUUUCGGUCGUUGCAGACCGACGCCGAGGUAUCCCAAGUUCGAAGCAUGCAAUGGUGCCCAUUGCCACAGCAAUUGAUUGCCGCGGGGGUCGGGACGGGCAAGGUUGUGCUCUCGGAUUUCACGCAGCCUGUGGUGGAAUUGUUACCCCCUCGAACAUCCGCUAGCAUGACCAUGUCUGGCAAGGCGCCUCGGCCGUCCAUGCAUGGAACCAUUGGAUGCAACACUGUAUCAUGGAACCAACAGAACCCUCACCACAUCGCCGCCGGGUUUGAAAAGGUGCGCGCUGACUGCUGCGCCUUUGUGUGGGACCUCACGACCCAAGCCUCGAUUUCGUCUGUGACUUCUACUCCCCUGGACCUCCUUGACACGACCAAACCCAGCUCAUACCGCGGUCACGGGUAUUCGUCGCCGCAGCCGCAGCCGCGCCCCACACUGACAAACGAAUUGGCCAACUCGGAAGCCGUUGUGGCGCUGGACUGGCUUCCGUCUGAGCCAUCUUGCUUGGCCACGGGCACUGGCUUCAAAUGGCUUCGCAUCUACGAUAUCCGAGCCAAGACGCGGUUCAUGGAGUUUAGCGCGCACACCAAGGGGGUGUACGGGGUCGUAUUCGACGUGCACCGCCCGCACCUGCUCGCCACGUACAGCGACGACCCCAAGGAACCGAUCAAAGUGUGGGAUAUUCGGUCGAUUCAGGGCGCGAGGCACGAGAACGAGCCCGUCGUGACCAUCCCCGUGUCGAAACUCGUGUCUCAAAUCGCGUGGUCCCCCACCCAGGCCGGCAUCUUGGCGUCCACUGCCCUAGACGACCGCGCAAUUUCGCUGUGGGACGUCGAGCACCAGAUCCAACUAGCCACGUCGACGCCACCGUCCCCGUCCGUCCUGAGCAAGCCGUUCAAGCGCCGAUCCACGCACGAGCCCGUGUUUGCAUUUGCGUGGCAGCCAGGAAGCACCAGCGUAGACGAGCCACCCACGUCGUGGAACCGGAUGCUGUUCUCGACCAUCGGAGGCAAAGUCGAAAGCCUGUCGGUUCACGACACGAUGCCAUUGGCGCUGUCGUCGCAGCACGCGCUUGGCUUUGCAUGUGGCACGCUCCUCUUUGCCGAUCGGGUGGACGACGACAUUCCCAACGACAUUGCCGCACACAUGAUGCGCCGCGUCCGAGCCGGUUACUCCAUGAACGUGCUCACGUCACUCCAACUGUUUAUAAAGGACGACCCAUCUACCCGCGACCUGCGCUUUGUGUGGCAGUGGGUUGACCAAGUUGAGUCUCUACGCCGUCUGUCGGUGGCUCAAACCGAGAUUCCCAGUCUCGAAUCUCGAGGCGGCAUGGCCAUCCAGCAGCGCGCGCCGCUCCGCGCGUGGCCCGUAGACCCCCAAGCCCUCGUGUCCGCUGGCGUCCAGCAUCUGCUCGGCCUGACCACAGUGCCGUCCACGUCCGUGCCGUACGAGACCUCCCUGCGCGACCCGGUGCUCGGCUGCCUCGUCUACGACAGUCUGGGCCGCCGCACCGCGCUUCUUGCGUGUCAGUGGGAUCCAGAAGGGAGCCAAUCGACAACGUCGUUGCACUUUAGCAACAUGCCGCGAUCCGCCUCUGGAAAAGUUGGACUGAACCAAGCCCCGGGUGGGUCGUGGCACUCGCUGUACGACGACAACACCGACGGACCUACGUCGUCUACCAACAACAACGUGUCAUCGCACCACACGGCGCUGCCGACGUUGCAGUCGUUGAUGUCCCAGUGCGAAGCCUCGCUGGACUUUGACCGGGCCGCGGCACUCGCCGUAUUCCACGGUGACGUCCAAGCCGCUGUGGCGGUGCUCCAGCGAGGCGCCGAGUGUCCGACCCCGUCGCCGACUCGAGACGUCCGUCAGCUGGUGGCCAUGGCUGUCGCCGGCUACUCCAUCGGCACCACCGCCCACAACCCGCUGUGGAGCUCCAUGUGCCAGCAACUGCUGCGGCGUCCGGAGAUCCAGAACCCUGGGACGCCGCGGUACCUGCACGCGCUCUGCUCGUUCUUGGUCACUGCGCGGGAGCUGAGCGCCGUCACCCAUGCCGCGGCCCUGCCGACGCGCCCUCCCCGGAACAGCACCGUUCCCAACUCACUCGCGUUUCGCCGCCCGUCCGCGACGCCGACGACCUCAUCCCCCGAAGACCCGCCUCUGUUUACCGCCAUCUUGCACGACGAGUCACUGCUCUUGUCAGAUCGGACAGCAUUUGCAUGCCGGUACCUCCCCCUCGAUGCCCUCUCUCGGUUCAUCGACGUCUGUGUUGAGACGUGCACUCGUCAAGGCAACCUCCAGGGCCUUCUUCUCGUGGGUCUGGAGCCGUCAAUCUUGCAGGAGUACUUGGAUCGCACGGGCGACAUUCAAACGGUGGCGCUGCUCGUGGCCCGGGUGGCGGCCACGUCCGAAGACACGGCGCUGGUGUACGCCAAGUGGAUCGCCAUGUACCGAGACCUGCUCAACCAGUGGCAGCUGUUCCACCAGCGCGCGCUGUUUGACGUGGGGCGGACGCAGCUGGAGGGCCAACUGAAUGGGUUUCGCGACGUCGCCCUCGCCCUUAACCACCCCAUGGCGACGGAGACCCGCGCGGUCAUGUCGUCGCCGCCGCCCCCGCAGCUGUACGUGCGCUGUAACUUUUGCGGGUCGUCGCUGUCGCUGUCGAGCUUACUGCGCGUGGGUGCCGGCGACUGGCUGCUCAAAGCCAAGCCCAAACUCAACAACUGUCCGAGCUGUAAACGUCCGCUUCCCCAGUGCGCCCUCUGCUUGCUUCCAUUUGGCACGCUCAAUCCGUACUUGGAGCUGGCCAUGCGCAAAGGCCAAGACAAGAAACAUGCGCUGAUGGAACACGAUUCGGCCACGUCAUCACCAUCUACCCCCGACAACCUGUCGGACCUGUCGAGCAUUCCGUUUGUCGAGUGGUUUACGUGGUGCCAAACGUGCAAACAUGGUGAGCUCUCCUACUAUAGCAUUAAGAUGUUGAUAUGGGGUUGGUUUUUGGAUCUGUGACACGGGGCUGGGGUUGGGGUUGGUUGUAGGGGGCCACGCCCACCACAUGGCGGACUGGUUUGCCACACACGAAGUGUGCCCCGUGUCCGACUGCGACUGCACAUGCAAACGCCUUGACGUCAACAGCACCGUGGGCUGCGCCCCGUCUGGCCCAAUUGCCCCUCUAGACAGAACCGCUGGCCCUCCUACCGCCACCACGGCGGCGUCGCCACUCACGGCCAACCGUGUCCCAGACAACCACAUCAAAUCGCCCAAUCUACCGGCGCUCACAUCAAGCUUAUCGGCCAUCAACCUAAGUGGCCUGAGCUUUUGAAUACAGCUUAAAUUGCUUGUCUGCUGUGCACUCGCGAAUAGUACAGUAACUGUAAUAAUGUCCGUGCGAAUGCAGCAUAUUGGUUGCACCGCUAGUCUUAUUGG